AUGCAUCAGAGAGAACUCCGGAUUGACUUGGGGGUGUGGGAGCUGAAGGUGCAGAGAGCCAGCUUGGAGCACCCCCCACAAGGCCAGGCCCUGCGGGAGAAGGGAGCAAGCCAUGGGGCCCGCUGUGUGCUCUUCCCCUUGUUGGAAAAGGCCCUGGAGGGCCGAGCUGGGCAGGAGGAAGGGAGAUGCAGGGGGCAGGCCGGCCAGCUGGGGCUCUGUGGGUUUGGGGGGGUUUUCCGCCGAGCAGACAAGAAUGAUGAUGGGAAGCUCUCAUUUGAAGAAUUCCAGAAUUACUUUGCUGAUGGGGUUCUCAGCCCUGGGGAGCUGCGAGAGCUGUUCAGUGGUGUUGAUGGGCAUCCCGCUGACAAUUUGGAAACGGAGAAACUGUGUGACUACUUCUCUGAACACCUGGGCGUCUACCGGCCUGUGCUGGCGGCACUGGAGUCGCUCAACUGUGCUGUGCUCACUGCCAUGGACACCACCAAGCUGGAGUAUGAGCGGGCCUCCAAGGUGGACCAGUUUGUGACACGCUUCCUACUGCGGGAGACGGUGAGCCAGCUCCAGGCCCUGCAGAGCUCGCUGGAGGGGGCGUCAGACACUUUGGAGGCCCAGGCCCAUGGCCCGCGGUCAGAUGAAGAGAGGGUGGAGGUGCCGAGCCGGCCCCGAGGCAGCCGGCGGGCAGGACGCAGGGCCCUGCGGAGCGUCAGUCGAUCGUCCACCUGGUCUCCUGGCUCCUCCAACACAGGGCAGAGCUCCGAGGCCGAGAUGCAGUGGCGGCUCCAGAUCAACCGCCUCCAGGAGCUCAUCGACCAGCUGGAGUGCAAGGCCCCCCGGCUGGAACCCUUGCAUGAAGAGGAGCUGAGCAAGGGGCCCAGCUCGCACAUCCUUGUGGCCCAGAGGCAGGUGCAGGUGGCUGAGGAAGCCCUGCAGGACUUCCGCCACGCCCUGUGCUGCUACGUGGACUUCACGGGGUCCCAGAGCCACUGCCUGCAUGUGUCUGCCCAGAAGAUGCUGGACAAGGCUUCCUUCACCCUGUAUGAGUUCUGGCAGGACGAGGCCUCCUGGAGAAGGCACCAGCAGUCCGCCUGCAGUAAGGCCUUCCAGCGCAUCCUCAUUGACCAUCUGCGGGCUCCAGACACCCUCACCACUGUGUUCUUCCCAGCCUCCUGGUGGAUUAUGAAUAAUAACUGAGCCUGAUCUGCACAAACCAAGGACUCCAGAGCCCUGCCUGCCUCCUCCUGGAGCUUCCGGACUGGUCAGCUCCACUCAGCUCAAGACCAGGACGCUGCCACCUCCGUAAUUGGGGCCUGGCUCUCAGCCUCCCAGAGCCAGCUGGUGGAGAGUCUCACAGCCCAGGGGUCAGAGACUGGGCUGCUUCCUUCCUCUUUCUUUCUUUAACAGUGUGUUUUAUUGCUUAUAGCUUCGGCCUCUGAGAUACUCUGGUAUUUGUCUGGCCUCAGGAGGCCUGGAUUCUGGUCCCCUCUGCCCCUGCCUUGCUGUGUGACCAGGGCAGGUCCCUUCCCUCUCUGAGUUGGCCCUGGGCUGUCUGGCUACCUAGUGGGUGCCUGCUUUCUUCUUGCUGUCUUGGGACCAGGCUUCUGCUCUUCUGCAGCCAGACGCAGGGCCAGGGCUGAUGCUCAGGAACUGUCCUCCACCCCCUGCCCCCAACCUCGAUCCCCAAGACUGGGCUGGAUCAGUCUGCCGUGUGGGCAAAGGACGUAGGGGUCCCUACCCCCUUCCUGGGCCGGCAGGCUCCUGACGAUUUCAGCACCUGUGGCUGCACCAGAGCCCUCCGGAGGAUCCUGGAUUGGUUUGCAUGUUAUUUGCAUAUUAUUUGCAUGCUCAUUCCCACCCAUAGUCAGGGCACUAUGGGAAGCCCCAGGGUGACCUUGCUAGGUAGCAAUAAUUUGGGCCCAGAGUCACCUGCUGCCCCCAGAUACCUCUGAACCCCAGCCCAGAGGCAAUAAAGGCAGUGGUCACCUCUG